AUGGCUGCCGUCCGGAAGAAACUGGUGGUCGUGGGCGAUGGAGCUUGUGGAAAGACAUGCUUGCUCAUUGUCUUCAGCAAAGACCAGUUUCCUGGGGUUUAUGUGGACACGGUGUUUGAGAACUAUGUGGCUGAUAUCGAAGUGGACGGGAAACAAGUGGAGUUGGCCCUGUGGGACACAGCGGGACAAGAAGAUUAUGAUCGCCUGAGGCCGCUCUCCUAUCCAGGAAAGAGCAAAGAUGGAGUGAGGAUGGUCUUUGAAAUGGCCACAAGGGCUGCUCUGCAAGCGAAUCGCGGGAGGAAAAAGACUGGGUGCUUCGUCUUGUGA